CUUGCGUUUUUUUUCGAUCCGUCGCUUUCAAACCCCAGUCACUGAUGGCUACGCAAGGUUAUCAGAGAGUCGGGCAGCCGUGUUGUCGCUGAGAUUACCAACAAAAGCUUUCAGGCAAAUCCUCGCUCUCUGUCAAAACUCAGAAACUGUCGAGAUCAUCUUGAAAUCUUUGCUAAAGCUGCUCACCAAAGAGCCUUCCCUUGUGUACUAUAUGUCCAAGCUGAUUGCCUCGAGCGCACACUUCCCAAAGCCCACACAAACUCUCCUUGAGUGCGGGGCUGCAGACACCCUGGCAGCAUUCUUCCAGGAGCUUCCCUCGCUCGUUGCGCAAGCCUCGGAGCCCCCUUACAAUUACCUUAGCCUGAUGAGCGCCAGCAACCUGAUCACGACCGCCAUUCUCCUCUGCAAGUCGCAGAAAGACCUCGCAUCCAAGUGGCUGCAGAUCGGAGUGUUGGAAAGGCUGCUUGAGACACUGCCGCUCGAACAGGCCUGCCCCAGGUUCACAGAAGCAGAACGUCUAUUGCUCAGCGGUCUGGACUUUGUCUCUAUGGCUGUGCAUCUCGCCUGCGAUAUGUGCCUCGCCGCAAGGGUCCACACAGGAAAGUCACCUGAGCUGGCAUCAAAGGCUGCCGCCUGGGGGGCCGCGCUUCUGGAGCGGAUGCAGCAAGUUUUCGAAGACCCCAAUAACAGGACACUGCUGAUGUCAGAAACGGGCGACGUCCUUCAGACCUGUGUGGACGCCAUUCUGGGGCUGUUCGACAUUCUGGCGGACGGGUCCAAGGGGGUCUUUGAUUUCCGGCCGAGUGUCGAGCGAGUGCGGACAAUGCUGAAGCACAUUCCUGGACACGGCACGCAGCGGCAGCUAUUCCUGGAACGGCUGACGAAUCACUCACAAACGUUUCCGGCAGAGAAUUUGGGGCGGGAGGCGGCAAGGGGUGACGGCGCGAGGGAGCCUUCCAUUUUGAUCGCGGAUUCGCCCUUCAUGACUUUCAGCGCAUUGCAGGAGGCCCUCCAAGAGAGCCCUCCGGACAUAGCCCGCCUGGUAGACGUCAUCACGCAGCUCGCCACCUUCUUUGCAAAGCGGCGGCAAGACGAGGACUACUGCCAGGCUGAUCUGCACAGGCAGCUUUGCCUGUCCCCUCUCGUGCUUCCCGUUUCUGAAGGGCUGGAGAACUACUGGCGAGCCCUGCAGCGGUGGGCUUCGACCGAUACGGGGGACGUGCUGGCGCUGACCACUGUCGGCCAAUGUGCUGGCGCCACGUGGGCAUCCCUGGCCGCCAUUCUGAACGACCAGCGCUUUCUGGAGGUCUGCAAGCGCUUCGCAGAAGCGCGGCAGCUGUCCCUGGACGCGACCGAGGACUUUGCGCUGUGCGUCCUAGCGCCCCUCCGAGUGCCACGUGGCAGCAGCACCAUCGCCCAGGAGAAUGCCGUGAAGGAAGCGCUGGUGAGAGAAGGGGCGCUCGGGUGGGUCUUCAAGAUCGCGGCGCAUGCGGCGGGGCCGACGUUUCACGAGCAGCUAAACCCUCUCCCGCUCCUGACUCUCUGCUCCAAGUUGGACGUCCAGCCGAGCGCCUUCUUGACACCAGAGCUGCUGCACCUCUUCGUCCGGCAGCUGGUGGGCAACUGGCGUGGUGUCAAGGACGCGGUCCUCCCCCACUUCGAAUCGAAUCAGCGCAUACUGCGGUGCCACUCCGAGGAGUUCGACCGGCUCGCGGGGCACGUCCGCAUCGUGGAAAUGAGCUCUGCAGCAGCCGGAAAGACGUGGCCGGGAACGAACUUCGUAGCCUUUUGCGAGGGAGAGGGCGUCCCCCAUUUCGUUUCGAUCAUCGAGGAGCGGGAGCGGCUGCAACGGUUCCGUUUCCGGGCGGAACGGGAGGGGCAAUUGUCGCCGGAAGCUGCGGACGUGACGAGCAGGGUAGAGGCGGUGUGGGAGCUGGUGGCGGCCGCGUUUUCGCUCCGACAGUGCGCCAACCAGGCGUGUUCGCGAGCGGAGAACCAAAGGGGGAUCUUCAUGAGAUGCGGUCGAUGCAGGAUUGCCCGAUACUGCAGCCAAACUUGUCAAAAGACUCACUGGAAAAGUGGACACAAGCGAGAUUGCGACGUUCGGCAGUAG